GUCUUGAGACAGCCCGGGGCGAGGCGCCGGAUUAUUUUCCUUAUUCUCAAAUCCCAUUGUUGACAUGCAUGUCUGUGUCAACACUGCCGGCGUCAGGACUGCAGACUAAACACAGACUCUUAUUUUGAAAGUCGAGCACCCACCCGGAAUCACAUGCUCUGUCUGCACUCUGACACCGAGCAGGACUGAUCUGCAUACAUGUCCGCUGUGACGAAAGCGAUGUCCAAGUUCCGUCUCGCUGUGGUCCAGCUGCAGGUGACGAGCGUCAAGGCGGACAACCUGAGCAGAGCCCGGCGGCUGGUGCAGGAGGCGGCGGGACAGGGCAGCAAGGUGGUGCUGCUGCCGGAGUGCUUCAAUUCUCCUUAUGGAACCAGUUUCUUCUCUUCGUACGCUGAGAGGAUCCCAGGAGAGUCCACACAGGUGCUGUCCGAGGCGGCGAAAGAGAACAAGGUGUACCUAGUGGGAGGAUCCAUCCCCGAAGAGGACGGUGGGAAGUUGUAUAACAGCUGUACAGUGUUUGGGCCUGAUGGAGAACUGAUCCUUAAACACAGGAAGAUUCACCUCUUUGACAUCGACGUUCCAGGAAAAAUCCGCUUCCAGGAGUCUGAGACGCUGAGUCCAGGCAACAGUUUGUCAGUGUUUGAAACACCGUUCUGUAAAGUGGGUGUGGGGAUAUGCUACGACAUGAGGUUUGCAGAGCUGGCGCAGCUCUACAGCAGGAAAGGUUGUCAGCUGCUCGUCUACCCUGGAGCCUUCAACAUGACGACCGGUCCGGCCCACUGGGAGCUCCUCCAGAGGGGGAGGGCGCUCGAUAACCAGGUGUACGUGGCCACAGCGUCUCCCGCCAGAGAUGAAACUGCUUCAUACGUCGCCUGGGGUCACAGCACGGUUGUUAGCCCAUGGGGAGACGUCAUCUCAAAGGCCGGACCAGAGGAGGCCGUUAUUUACGCCGACAUCGACCUGCAGUACUUAGCCGACAUCCGGCAGCAGAUCCCGAUCACGGCCCAGCGUCGGGGCGACCUCUACACGGUGGCGUCUGUGCAGGAGGGAUCGAGCUGAGCGAGAGAAGGAGCGAAGGAACAGACGCCAACAUCUCUGCCGCAUCAGAGUCGUCUUCCCUCCCGAGAAGCACGAGACGUGAUUGUCUUAAUUGUGGAGAUGCGGUUUGGAUGGUCGUUAAUUCGCCGACGGCAGCGUGUUUGGCGCGGGUGGCUUCCUCAGGAUGGAGCUGUGGUUUGUUCUGUGUCAUUUCUGCUCCUCAAGUGAGCAGUUAAUCAAAAGUUGAUCAGAGGGAAAUUGUGGUAAGCAGUUAAUUGUUUGCAGUACAUCAUUUUUCAUGUAAAAGUAAACAUUUUCUGGUUAGAGCUUCUCUAAUGUGACAGUUUAAACCCUUUCAUUAAGUUUAUCUGAUCUCAAUCAGUUUCAGAUUACUGGAAUUUUUCUUGACCAAAUGCUCCAUUUAAAAAAAUAUCUAUAUUUUUGAGCUCUUUCUCUUUUGUGGCUCAUGACAGAUUGCACUGAUUGUCUCACUAGAUUUUGAAAUGUAGGAAAUACUCAAAUCGUCGACACGUUUUCUGUCCUGAUGGAAAAACGUCGACAGCUCUGGAAAAAGCUGAAAUAAAACGUCUCCGUGAAUGAGUCUGAGCGUCUUUAUGAAAGCUUGAAGCGACUCCUCGCUGCGAGGAGCAGGAGGUCCGGUAAACACAGCAGAACAGGAAGUGGUGAUAUGUUACAGUGUCUGUUUAAAGCCCCUCCACGACAUUCAUAUUUACAGGUCAGUGCUCUGUUGAGAACUCGUCUCCUGGUGUCUUCACACGUCGGUCUCUUUGGGCUCCGGCUUCAUCGCCUCCGUCUCCUCCCUGUACCGGUUUCUC